AUGAAGAACCCCUUCGUCCAGUACCGGACCCCCGCGGCGCCCGUCGUGGUCGCCGAUGUCGACGAGAAGAAAGCCAUCGACAAGGAGGCCGGAGCCCUCGAGGGCCAUGUUCAUUCCAGCCAGGACGGCGACGGCACCGACCGUCGCCAUGAGAGCGAUUCGGACGCCAUCUCGGCCACGGCACAGGAGGGCGUGCAGCGGGUCGAAGCCAUGACCAUGGUCUGGACCAAGAAGCAUGUCGCCAUCGCAUAUCUAACUAUCUGGCUCAUCUUCUUCGUCGAUGCCAUGCAGCAGGGUAUGGCCACUGCUUUGACCCCCUAUGUCACCAGCGAGUUCGCCCUCCACUCGCUCACGGCGACGACGGGCAUCAUAGCCUACUUGAUUGGCGGCCUCAUCAAGCUGCCCCUUGCUAAGGUGCUCGACAUUUGGGGCCGCCCUCAGGGUUUCAUCCUCAUGGUGGCCUGCCUCACGCUCGGCCUCAUCAUGAUGGCCGCUUGCCAGAACGUGCAGACGUACGCCGCCGCCCAGGUCUUCUACUGGGUCGGGUACAACGGCAUCAGCUACUCCAUCUCCGUCUUCAUCGCCGACACGUCUGCGCUCAAGAACCGAGCACUGAUGUUUGCCUUUGCCUCGUCGCCCUACAUCAUCACGGUCUGGGUCACCGGUCCGCUUGCCACGGCCUUCCUGGAAGGCCCCGGCUUCCGGUGGGGAUUCGGCGCGUUCGCCAUCAUCACCCCCGUCAUCUGCACCCCGCUCCUGUCGCUUUUCUACAUCAACUACAAGAAGGCACACGAGGCGGGCCUCAUUCCUGAGCGGGUGAGCAGAGGAAACUUCUGGCAGACGACGUGGUACUACAUUAUCCAGUUCGACCUGUUCGGCAUGCUCCUCAUCGCUGGCGGCCUGGCCCUGUUCCUCCUGUCGUUCAACAUCUACACCUACCAGACCCUGCUGUGGAAGGCCCCGCUCAUCAUCUGCUUCUUGAUCUUUGGUGGACUCCUGAUGAUCGCCUUUGUCUUCUAUGAGAAAUACGUCGCUCCCGUGACCUUCAUCCCGUACGAGCUGUUGAUGGACCGCACCGUCCUGAGCGCGUGCAUCCUCUCAGCGGCCCUGUUCGUGUCCUUCUACAUCUGGGACAGCUAUUUCUACUCGCUCUUGCAGGUCGUCUACGGCCUCAGCGUGACACACUCGAGCUACAUUGUCAACAUCUACAGCAUCGGCUCGUGCUUCUGGUCGCUGGUAGUCGGCGCGCUGAUCCGCUACACGGGCCGCUUCAAGUGGAUCGCCGUCUACUUUGGCGUGCCCGUGACGAUCCUCGGCGUCGGCCUGAUGAUUAACUUCCGCCAGCCCGACGUCAACAUAGGCUACGUCAUCAUGUGCCAGAUCUUCAUUGCUCUGUCGGGCGGCGCUCUCGUCAUCUGCGAGCAGAUGGCCGUCAUGGCCGUCACUUCGCACCAGUACAUCGCGGUGGUGCUAGCCAUCGAGGCCAUGUUCGCCAGCAUCGGCGGUGCCAUCGGCUCCACCAUUGCCGGCGCCAUCUGGCAGGGCGUCUUUCCCAAGCGCCUAUACGAGUACCUGCCGGCCGAGUCCAAGGACGACUACGCCGCCAUCUACGGCUCCAUCACGGUGCAGAUGUCGUACCCCUUCGGCUCCGACACGCGCCACGCUAUCAACCAAGCGUACGGCGACUCGCAGAAGUACAUGCUGAUUGCCGCGACGGCCGUCCAGGCCGUCUCGGUCGUGUGCGUCCUGCUCUGGCGCGACGUCAAGGUCAAGGAUUUCAAGCAGGUCAAGGGCGUGGUGGUUUGA